UAUGAUUAUAACGAUUUGAAAGGAAUUUCUGAUGCGUCUGUUUAUACACUCUUGGUUAUUUCCAUUGGUGUUCGCAUACUGUUUACAAUUCAAUUAAUUUAAGCAUUUAUAAUCAUCAAUAUACGUCUCCCUGUGUUAGAGUUGCUUAUUGAUGUUACUUGUAGACUUAUGUUAAUGCGGUAAUAUAAUCAUUUAGUAGUCAUUAUAGCAUAUCAAUUUCAUCCUAUUUCAAACGAAAUAAUAACCAUAAUAAUUAUCAUUAACAUUGAUAUGAAGCUGUCAUCAAUCCUAUGCCAUCGUAUCAUCUUGUUGCUAUACCUUCGUCUCCAAUAUUAUCUAGUAUAUUUGUAAAUGGCAUCACAGUUCAUUGACCUGUUCCUUCUUUCUUUCUUUCCCUUUUUCAGACAAUGGCGUCGUGAUGAUCUGAUGACUCACGAGUUGAAUGAAGAGCAGAAUACUAAUGCGAGCCGUCCCCAGAGACUGACUGCUAAGUGGGUGGUCGGCAGAGGCCUUUAAAGAUGGCGCUCUUCGUUCCUCACGGGAGAGAACAUGAGCUUCUGUCACCUGGAAUCCUUCGGGCACCGACACCCAAGACUUGUAUCAACAACAGAUAUAAGAGGCCCUUGUUGGCUGGCCGAAUUUGAGACGGAAUAGGAGGAGGACCGGGUGCCAGAGACGACCAGAAGGUGAAGGGCAUCUGGCUUCAUUCGUUUUAACGAGAAUGAUGCUCAAUACGGACGGGUGGGUGGGGAUCAUUUUGUUAAGCAACAUUAACUUUAUCGUUCUUUACUUUUUGCCAUUCUAUAUUUGUUUUAUAACCGGUUCUGGAUAUUAAGAAAAUAAUUGAAUCCUGAGGCAUUUUUAUGCAUCAAAGGAAAAAAAAAGCUUUGAAAUUAAUAUGGGUUACCAAGUAACUUACUCCAUGGGAGAAGGUAGCGCAGCAUAAUAGUUUGCAGUUUUGUAAAUUCGUUUUUAAAUAAAAAAAAAGCACUGCAGUGUGAUCUAGAUAAAAACCUUAUUAACUCCCGUACAACUUCAAUAUAAUUUCAAUUGGGAAUACGCACAAUUCCCAUUACAUUAAGAGAGGAUACUUUAAAUAGUUCAAAAGGCUCGCAUGUUUUGACUAUGAAUCCAUUUUUCUUGAAAGGCGUGAAGCAGGCAGAGGGAGGUAUAGUAAUUUUCAUUGCAGAAUUUAUCAUUUCCAUACGAAAUUGGGAUUCCUGCAAUAAAUCCAACAGGGUCAAUAAUAACUGGCGAUGUAGUCUAGUACUACGUAGUUUGGUGUACUGCCACCAGGGUGGCGCUGCAGAGUCUUGUAUACAGUCCUUGACUCCUUGAGUCCUUGUACUUGUAGCCAUCUUCGAACACCGGAUAGCAAGGUAGUUAAAUGGCCUACUUUGUCCUGCUAUUUUUUUGCAUUAUGUGUCUUCAGUGAUAAGUUGUGCAGCUUAUAUAGGAACAUGAAUUCUCCAGGAGGAAAUGGAAGAACAUCUCACAGGCCACCGACCUACGUUGAUUGAACCAUGCAUGAUAAAAGUCGGCUGCCAUCUUCAGGAUUUGACCGCAGUCAGAAGGAUGGAUACAAGAAAUAAUAGCAAGCUAAGUGAUGGAUACGACCGCCUUAGCCGGGGAUUACCCACAUUACUGCCUGACGAUUUCAGCAGCACCUCAGAAUUGUCUGAAAUUCAUCCGGGGACACGCCUCCAGAUUAUGAACGGCGUCAUUCCUUACGUGCCGUGCCAGAUACGUGAAUACAGCAGUGACGAUCUCAGAAGAUGCUGUGUCUCAAGGAAACACUCGGGAUCCAGUACCUGGGUCGCGUUCGUAGGGGAUUCCUCCAUGAGACUGAAAGUACACGAGUUCCUCAGUGUGCUGCCCACUGGACUGAACUACACCUACUUCCUCGGAGACAAGGCGGUAACGAGAGAAUCAUUUGUUGAAGCCUUAGUCCUACAUAAAUACCGACCAUCUACGUUCGAUGUGAUUGGCUGGAAUCCUCUGGCGGGGGAGACGGCGCAUUCCAGGCGCCUCAAUGCAAGUAUGCCAAAGAAUCCUACAGUGCAAGGAGAAGAAGAAGAAGAGAGAAUAGGCGCCGUCGAGUACUCUGACGCGGACAUUUCCGAAGACCAGGCGCCCCACGGAACGUACCAAUUCCGUUUGAGUCUCGUCUGGGCCCCGGAUGGGUCAGAAAGGGCACAUUAUUACAGAAGGGGAAAUAAAGUCAGGAAGAUCCUGGAAUGGACUGAUGCCGAACCUGUUCCAGAUAUAGUUGUCGUAGGUUAUGGUAAGUGGCCUUUGCUUCUCCGGGAGUAUGAAGACGAGCUAGUCCCCUUCACGGAACUCGACCAUUUCAGUCGACCACUUGUGGACGUGGUGCGAAAACUCUCCGCCAAAACUCUCGUCCUGCUCUGGUCUCAAAGUAGGUACCGCUGGUUCAACUUCGAGUCCAAAAAAUACUCUCCAGGGAAAGAUGGUCUGAAAGAUUACUGGACUACGAUCCUGCAUGUCAACCAGUUUUCUCACGCCAUGCCGCUGAUAGACGCAUGGCUCUGGACCAUAUUCAGGGGAGCGGGAGUGUGGCGGUGGGAUUCUACGCUUCCCUUCAACUUGGCCAACCUCAGGGAAUGCAAAGUUUUGAACGACCUCGGGUUCGACAAUAGUAGCAUUUACCACGGUCGCUGGUGGGCGUGUACUGACAUCCAUCACUCAGCCUACGAAACUUCCCACAUUGAGAUACAGAUGAUGCUGAAUUACCUUUGCAAUUCGUUUAUUGAUCCAGGUAAAGGGUAUUGCUGCUCAGAAUAAGAGAUUAUGUCCUAAUCCCACGUCGCAUCCUUUCUCUGACAGCAUUGUUGUAAUGAGGAGAUACACAGUGAUUUAUUCAGUUUCAGAGAAAAUGGGCAAACUUGACCAUCCAGACGUCAUCCCAAAACUUCAAAAAGUAUUUGUGUUUUACUGGGAACCUGUUUAAGUAUCAUCAUUAUUAUCAUAACACCAUUUCCUGUUGUUACCAUUUAUUCCUGUUGUUGUAGUUGUCUCAUAAAACAUGAAAUCAAUUUAAUAUUUUCCGUAUGUGUCAGCUCGCUUACUGAGAUCUUUGAGCUGACAAACUAAUAAAGCUGUUAUAAAUCAACUCAUUUACUCAUAUUUUACUUAUAUUUUGUCGUCGAUUUUUUUCCAGUUUAGAUCAAAAUUUGAUCAAUUGAUGAUGGAAUAGUUACGUUCUGCAUUUUCCGUUAUGGUUGCCGGUUAACAAUUAAGACCUUGCCAUAAUUAUUCAUAAUGAACACUCAUGGAGCAAUAAAAAAAAAUAGUUACAAGAAUUUUAUGCAUUUUUUAAACUGAAGGAAUAUGUGCCACAUCCGCAAACAAAUUUUAGCUUUGUAACAGAAAAAGAAAGUAUUACUUUUAAAAUUUGAUGGUGCUUGUUUCACUGUGGAUUCGCUUACUAUUUUGUAUUGUUAUUAAAAAUUGAGAGAGACUUCACCGAAAAGUAGAAGAUUCGUAAUCAAAUUAAAAACAAAACAAGAAUCACCCUUUCUGUUACUAAAAUAAAUCU